AUGUUAUCAUCACGUUUAAUAUGUUAUUUCUUGUUAAUAUUAUUGUUAUUAAAUUAUUGUUGUUAUGGUCAACAUGAAAUCCGUAAUGCUGUUAAACAUAAAGCUAAUAGAAAAGUUAAUAAAGGUAAACAAGAUGUUCGAUUUGUUAAAGAUAAAACUCGUGGAGCAAUUCAACGAACCGAUGCGAAAAUCAAUCGUAAACAACAAAAUGCGAAAAGAAAAGCACAUCAAAUUAAAACUGUUAUUAAUUCAUAA